AUGUAUGAUGAUUUUAUAGAGUUAAAACGUGUGAAUUCUUGGCUACUGGACCGUGUAACUGCCAGGUUUCCAUGUGGAGUACGCCAGUAUACCAUGGUGGAGUUUAAUGAUCCAACUAUUGGGCCUGUUAGAAUUACAAAAUCAAAGACAGAGUUUGAUAACUUCUUCAACAGUCUGAGAGCCACUGGAGGUGGUGAUUGUCCAGAGCUGGCUAUGGGAGGACUGGAACUGGCCUUAAAGAAUUCGCCACACAAAUCUUUCAUCCUAGUAUUAACCGAUGCAUCAGCUAAAGAUUACUCAAAUGCAACCUUGAUAAGCAAUAUCCACUCACUAAUAACCACAACACAGUCACAGGUUUUCUUCCUCAUCACCGGACUUUGCGGAACCAUUUAUAAUCCAGAUUUCCUUAUUUAUCGAGAUGUUGCAGCUCUCAGUUUUGGACUUGUGUUUCAAGUUGAUCUUCCAGAUCUGAAUAAAGUAUUUAAUUACUUAGACCUUACACUUUCGAGACCUGCUAACAGCUCAGAACGGCUGUUCUCUGGGGAGUAUGGCGCUGGUAAUAAUUCUGGGAGCUUCUCUGUUUCAAAUAAUUUUACUGCACUAUUAAUAACCACAGAUGGUGUGAUCUACUCCAUACAAGUUCUUGGGCCUGACUCUAUUCCUCUUGGAAUAAAAACGAUUGUUUCAGAGACUUGGGGCUCUAUGUACCAAUUGAAUAAACCAGUACAUGGAAGGUGGACUAUAAUUAUAUACGCUGGAAGUCAUUUUUCUUUACGAGUGGAAGGGUUAUUAGUUGCCAACAUUUCCUCUGCAGAUCACUGUUCAGAAUGUCACCCAAAUGCUACCUGUGAAGAAUCUUUGGGCUUCUUGCAAUGUUCCUGCAAGGAAGGGUUCAUAGGAGAUGGUCUCGCCUGUUCAGAUAUUGAUGAAUGCGCCUAUUCUUGGUCAAAUAACUGCUCUGUUGGCAUAUGCAAAAAUACUUUUGGCUCUUAUUUUUGUGUCUGUCCAAGUGGUUACACAAACUCUUCAGGAAAUGUCUGUGUCGAGAUUGAUGAGUGCUCAAGUAGUGACCUUAACAGAUGCCAUUCAUUAGCAACAUGCAUUACCCACAAGGGUUCAUAUUCGUGUGUCUGUCCCUAUGGCUAUUAUGGUGAUGGGUUCACUUGUGAAGUUGAUGAAUGUACACGAGGUGCAUGUGGACUAGGGAUAAACUGUGUAAAAACACUUGGGUCUUACCAGUGUUCUGAUCCAUGUGAACACCACAUCGUACUCAAUGAAACCUGGAGAAGUAUAUCCAAUGUUUAUGGAUCUCAAGUUUAUUGUGACGGUUCUCUAUAUGGAUGGCAUCGCUUUAUUGGCAGUGGAGGUGUUCGCAUACCAGAUACCUGUGUGCCAAUAUACAGUUGUGGUACACAUGCCCCAAUGUGGCUGAAUGGGUCCCAUCCAAUGCUCAGUGAUGGUAUAAUAAAUCGCACUGCUUGUGCCAACUGGAAUAACAACUGUUGUUAUUGGUCAUCAACUGUCCAGAUUAAAGCUUGUCCAGAUGGAUACUAUGUGUAUAAAUUGAGUGGAACACCAGCUUGUUCUUUAUCCUAUUGUACAGAUCCACAUACAAGUGAUCUAUUAUGUGAAGCAGACGAAGAAUGGAAGCUGAAAGAUGGAAUCUAUGGAUGUUACUGCAAGGACGAAUAUGAAGUCUCUGAUGUUGCAGACAUAAGACCUGAGCUAACCUGCGGAGUCCAUGAAAUGAAAGUCACGUUUUAUAAAUGUCAGCUGAAAAGUCUGAACCUCAAUGUCAGUAGUAUCACUCUGAAGGACAGCAGCUGCUUUGAGUAUCGGGAUGACCCCAUCACCAACACUUUUUCCGUAUUGUCUUCACUACAAGCAGGAAAAUGCGGACUUCAAAUAAUUAAAAAUUCAACACAUGCAAUGUAUGAAAACACUCUGGACUUUGUAAUAAUAAAAUAUGUUGGGAUUAUUGAGAGGCGUGAGGAGCUGACUGUAAGAAUAUCUUGUGCAUACCCGCUCGACAUGCUGACCAGUCUGACUACAGUUGUGAAUCCAUUUUUUAGUUCCACGAAUAUCAGUAUUGGAGGAACUGGAGAAUUCAAGGCAUACAUGGCUCUCUAUAAAGACAGCAGCUACUUGACUCCAUAUGAAGGAUCAAAUGUUCUACUUUCAACUAGUUCUAUUCUGUAUGUUGGUGUUUUCGUUAAGGGAGGUGACAGUUCUCAGCAUUUUGUGGUUAUGAAAAGCUGCUAUGCAACCCCAACAGAAAGCCCUGAUGAUUCAAUGAGAUAUUACCUCAUCAUAGACAGCUGCCCUAACAAACAAGACUCAACUAUCAGUGUAUUAGAAAAUGGUGCCUCAAGGAAAGGUCGAUUUUCUGCCCAAGUUUUUAAAUUUAUUGGCAACUACAACAAUGUCUACCUGCACUGCGCUAUAAAUCUAUGUGACGAUAUCGCUGGAUCGUGCACGCCUUCGUGCUCUGGAGUUAAACUACGAAAUGCAGCAUCUGACCAAACCUAUCAGUUGACACUGGGUCCAGUAAUUCGUGAAGAUUCACCUACACCUUCUGGCUCUGUUGGCACACGUCCUACCUGUGCUCUUCUCGGACUUGUUCUCUUUCUACUGGUUCAUUUUUUUUAAUAUCUCCAGCACAACAAUGGCU